GCUGUCAUCAAUCAACAAAUUACUACCUGCCUCAUAUAAAAGCAAUGGUUCAGGAUAGCAUUGCUCUUACAACUUCAAGUGCAGGACACUGACCGAAGAUGUCCGGCCGUGGGAAGAAAACUGCACCCAAACCAAGAUCUGCAGUGUCAAAGUCUUCAAGGGCAGGACUCACUUUCCCAGUGGGCCGCAUCCACAGGCUCCUGAGGAAAGGCAACUACGCUGAGCGAGUCGGCACUGGUGCUGCAGUGUUCCUCUCAGCCAUCCUAGAGUACCUCUGUGCUGAAAUCCUGGAGCUGGCAGGAAAUGCCUGCCAUGACAACAAGAAGCAACGCAUUGUUCCUCGUUACAUCUUGUUGGCAGUGAAAAAUGAUGAGGAAUUUGACAAACUGCUGUCAGAGGUCACCAUCUCGGAGGGUGGUGUCAUCCCAAAUAUCCAAGCAAGCCUUCUCCCCAAGAAGUCAAAGAUACCCAAAGAUGACGGUUCUGCUACGACUCAGUCUCAAGAGUUUUAAUUGUAAUCUAUGCAUGGCUUAAAGAUUUGAUCAUUAAAGUAUAUUUUUUCAAAGAA